AUGUGUGGUGCAUACCAGGAGCAUCCUGCCACCUUGUUCCCGCCGCAGGCAGGGCCGCUGGUGGCACAGCGCGGCAGCGCCGACGUGCCAGAGCAGCACUGCACGCUCGCCUACCCCUCGCCCGCCGCCGGCAGCAGCUGCCAGCCUGCCGGCGGCACCUUUGCGGCGCAGCGCUACAUGGCGGCGCUGGACACGCGGCUGCUGGGCCGCCUGCUGCUGACCGCCGCCGCCACCGCCUCCACUCAGGUGGUGGUGCAAGAGAAUGUGGCUAAGCUGCCAGACGGCCUGGUCUUUGUGGCAGACAAGCAGUAUGGCGGCAAGGGGCGCGGCGGCAACCGCUGGGAGUCGCCCGACGGCUGCCUCAUGUUCUCGGCCGCCACGCGGCUGGCCAUCCCGGGGCAGCGCCUGCCGUUUGUGCAGUACGUGGUGUCGCUGGCGGUGGUGCACGCGGGUGGCGCCAUCGACGUGCGCAUCAAGUGGCCUAACGACGUGUAUGCGGGCGGGCUGAAGCUGGGCGGCAUCCUGUGCCACUCCUCCUAUCGAGACUCCCUCUUCCACAUCAUCCUGGGCGUGGGCCUCAACCUGAGCAACCGCCAGCCCACCACCUGCCAGCAGCAGCACCAGCAGGCGCUGGAGCCAGUCAGCCGAGAAGUCCUGCUGGCGGGGAUCCUGUCCCGGCUGGAGCCCAUGCUGGCGCAGCUGGCGGCAGAGGGCUUUGCGCCUUUCGAGGCCGAGUACUGCCGCCACUGGCUGCACUCGGGCCAGCGGGUACAGCUGGAGGAGGGCGGCCAGCUGACGCCUGUCACCAUCCGGGGCCUCAGCCCCAGCGGAUACCUUCUGGCCACUGACGCCGGCGGCGAGCGGUACGAGCUGCACCCCGAUGGCAACAGCCUGGACUUCUUUCGGGGGCUGGUGCGCAAGAAGCUGCCGCAGUGA